AUGUCGUCGUCGGCCUCGUCGCACGCGCAUGACGUUGAGGAGACCAUUAAGUGGCGGAACGUCACGGCUGUCGCCAUCGUCGGCUGCUUCGCACUGGGCGUCUACAACUUUGCGGGAGCCGCUCACCACGCGAAGCACGACCGACCGGCAUACCCCUACCUUCACAUUCGCAACAAGGAGUUCCCUUGGGCAGGGGAGGCUGAAGGCAGUUUCGGGAGGAGGCUGCCUCACAGCUCCGCCAGCAAGCCUCAGGGCAGAUUCACUCGAAGAUCUGCUGGAUGCGGUGCUUCGGUGGCCUGCCACGAGGAAGAGGGGGAGCAGAGGGGGAGGGAGUGGGGAGAGAGUGACGCUCAUCACUUGUGCCAAGGGAUCCAGUCAUCGAAGAACUUCUGCAUGCGCGUGCGUGUUGCUAUGCACCGUGUAGAGAAGGGAAGGGGAUGGGGGGAAGCAGGGAAGGGGAUGGGGGGAAGCAGGGAGCGGGAUGGGGGGAAGCAGGGAGCGGGAUGGGGGGAAGCAGGGAGCGGGAUGGGGGGAAGCAGGGAAGGGGAUGGGGGGAAGCAGGGAAGGGGAUGGGGGGAAGCAGGGAUGGGGAUGGGGGGAAGCAGGGAAGGGGAUGGGGGGAAGCAGGGAGAGGGAGUGAGGGGAGUACCCGCUCUCACCCUCUGUCUCUCACUCUCUGGGACACCCCCCCCCCUGUUCCCCCCCCUCCGUCCUUCCCCUGCUGUCUCUCCACCUCUGCCCUUCACCUUCUGUCUCUCACUCUCUGCCCCUCCCCCUCUGUUCCUCCCCCUCCGUCCUUCCCCUUCUGUCUCUCCCCGUCUGCCCUUCACCCUCUGUCUCUCCACCUGUGUCCUUCCCCCCGUGUCUCUCCCCCUCUGUCCUUAG